AUGGAUCUUCUAGAGGAUCUCCUAGCCUUCCAAAAGCGCCGCCCACCGGCCCGCAUGCACUUUAACCAAUUUCCCCGUGCGCUAUCCUGCGCAAGAACGCUCCCUCGGGAUACCGGGAUACCGGCCAGCGACGCUGCGCUACACCACGUCGGCGGCAUCAUGCACCCACUAGCCAGCCACGGAGGCCACGGCAUCCCCGUUUCUUCCAAUUUCAGGUCGCUCGUCGUAUAA